ACGAGGAAUUAAACACACAGUCUCUGGAGGACUGAGGAGAAACCUGUGGACAUGCGUGUGUGUUUGUGUGUAUGGAGCAGUAAAUCAUAAGAAACAUCAUCUGUUCAUACCUCAUUUGAAUAUCCUCAAGCAGGAAGAGUUUUGCAGACUGCGGGAUGUUCUCGUUUGAAGAGCAGCACUUCUCAGCCCUGAGGAAACAGUGCCAGCAGAACAGGACUCUGUUUGAAGACCCCGGCUUCCCCGCUGUGGACCAGUCGCUCUUCUAUCAUGGAAACCGCAUCGGAAAAGUCACCUGGAAGAGGCCGAAGGAGCUGUGUGAAGACCCGCACUUGUUUGUGAACGGGAUCAGUGCUCAUGACCUGCACCAGGGGCAGCUGGGAAACUGCUGGUUUGUGGCAGCCUGCUCCAGUCUGGCCUCCAGAGAAGCUCUGUGGCAGAAGGUUAUCCCAGAUUGGAAGGACCAGGAAUGGGACAAGCAGAAGCCGGAGAGCUAUGCUGGGAUUUUUCACUUUCGGUUCUGGCGUUUUGGAGAAUGGGUGGAUGUUGUUAUUGAUGACCGACUGCCAACCGCAAACGGGACGCUCAUCUACUGCCACUCUAACGACAGUAACGAGUUCUGGAGUGCACUGGUGGAGAAAGCCUAUGCCACGAGUCAGGCGGACAUGGAAGCCCGUUUAGACUGCGGCCUGGUCAAAGGUCACGCGUAUGCGGUGACUGAUGUGCGUAAAGUGCGUCUCGGCACCGGCCUGCUGGCGUUCUUCAAAUCAGAGAAGCUCUCCAUGAUCCGCAUGAGGAACCCUUGGGGUCAGAGAGAGUGGAACGGAGCGUGGAGCGACAGCUCAGAGGAGUGGAAGAGAGUGAGUAAGGGUGAGCGAGAGAGGCUGGGUGUGACUGUGGAAGAUGAUGGCGAGUUCUGGAUGGAUUUUGAGGAUUUCUGCAAGUAUUUCACAGACCUGAUUCUGUGCCGCUUGAUUAACACGUCGUACCUGAGCAUCCACAAGACCUGGGAGGAGGAAGUGAUGCGGGGCUCCUGGUGUCGCCACGACGACCCUUUAAAGAACCGAUCAGGAGGCUGCAUCAACCGCAAAGCCACGUUCCUGCAGAACCCACAGUAUGUGUUCGAUGUGACGAAGCCAGAGGACGAGGUUCUGAUCUGCCUUCAGCAGCAGGACAAGAGAGCUCGAUCUAAAGAUGGCAUUGGAGACAAUGUGGCCAUCGGCUUUGACAUCCAAAGAGUGGAGCUCAACCGGACGUACCGCAUGCACGCCAUCCAGAAAACAGUGGGCAGCUCCAUCUACAUUAACUCUCGCAGCGUGUUUCUGCGCAAGGACCUGAAGGAGGGCCGCUAUGUCAUCGUUCCCACGACCUUUGACCCCGGCCUGCAGGGAAACUUCCUGUUGCGCAUCUUCACAGAUGUACCUGCUGCCUGCAAGGAGCUGAUGACAGACGAGCCGCCUCACACCUGCUGGACAGGGUGCUGUGGGUAUCCCAAGCUGGUCUCACAGGUGCAUGUCCACAGAGCAGAUGGACUCCAGGCUCAGGACUCAGAUGGAGCGUCCGAUCCGUACGUCAUCAUCAGCUGUGAGGGAGAGAAGGUUCGCUCUCCGGUGCACAAAAACACACAGAGUCCGGACUUUGACGUGAAGGCCGUGUUCUACAGGAAGAAGCCGCAGGAGGCGAUCCGCAUUCAGAUCUACAACAAGAACCUUCUGAAGGACUCGUUCAUGGGUCAGGCGGUCCUGAGCGGCGAUCUCUCCGACCUGCAGCAGCUUCACACGCUUCGCCUGCGGGACAAAGCAAACCGGCAGAACAACGAUCUUCCAGGUCUGGUGUCAGUGAGCCUCACUACCAGCGACGUCCUGACCAACAUCUGAGCGCUUUUCAGCACGCUCUGUGUCUGUGAUUAAUCGUGGAGUACUUUACGCACUUGACGUGUUGUAUUACACUUAUACUUACAUGCUCUUAAUUGGGGCUGGGGAAAAAAUCAAUGCAUCGUGAUUCUCUCUGGAAUCGAUUCUGAGCUUGGUUUUUAACAGCAGAUGGC